GUGAAUAAUAGCAGGUGAGAACACAAAUAACUCACAUUCGCAAUCAGUCAGUCCGACACCUGCGACAUGAACUGGGCUACAAUAAUAAUUGCAAUUAUCCUGCUGCUGCCAGCCAGCCAGCAAAGCUCCCAAGGCUUGGAACGCAAAGUUCUGUCGUACAAUCCCACAUACGAUUUCUGGUUUUUCGUGCCAACUGGCAGACCCAAGGUGGUUACUCAGAAUGUACAGAAUGCAUAUUGGGCUGCACGGACAAAAGGAGGUGUUUGCUUCACAGAUCUGUGGUUCUACUGCGCCACUGGCAUAAAAAUAGAGGAGUAAAUAUCUUGGAAGAAAAGAACACACACCACUUCCUUUAGGUGUAAAGGUUCAUUAAAAGUAAAAAUAAAAAAUAUGCGUAAUGAGUACCCGAUAACGCAACUCUUAACUGUGUGCUUUAUCGGUCAUGUUAACGCCCAAGUCGUAAAAAUGUAAA